GCAUCUGCAAACUCCUGUUGUGUUUCCUUGCUCUGUGGCAUCUGCGAGGAAACGGAGGUGUCCUAGCAACGGACAGAGGUGCUCUCGGGCUGCUGUCUCCUCCAAAGCCCCUUUAGAAGGAGCAGCAGGGGAAGGAGAGGAAGGUGGCUGGCGCUGCCGGGAGAUGCUAAAAAAGGCAGAGCGGCUCCCUGGACAAAGCCAGGCGUCCUUUUCGAUUUGCUGCAGCUUUUUGUUCCUCGGCUUCAGCACUUGGCUCAGCCGCCUGCGUAUAUAAACAAAAGAAUCCCAUUCCCGCUUUUUCUCGGUUGUGUCUGCCCAGCUGUCCAUGCUGGACUUGAAUCCUCCAAGCACACCCACACCCACACAUGAAUGAUGCUCGAAUCCAUCCGUGUCACUGAAAAACUUCACUGGCCGGAGCGAGAGUUCUCCAAAAAGACUGUCUUGAGUCCGGAAGAACACAAAUCCAUUCUUAAGAAUGAAAGCAGCAGUGUUCAGCACCUAUCCAGGUCAGGAAUCCUUAAGGACACAUUUACCACAGGCACUAGCAGCUACAAUGUCCUCCUGCAGAGCAAAGAGGAGAGAAAGCACCUUUUCCAAAAAACCUCAUCAGCCUACCACAAAAGGCACAGGAAGUCCACAAAACCUGCCAAUGCUUUGCGAAGCAAUGACCGCCAUAAGAUGAAGGCCCCACUACCUUUGCUUAGAAAUGGGUGGUGCUGCCUCAGUAGGCAGCCAUCUCUCUUUAUCACCAGCUCCAUGCCCAGCAGGGUCAGGUUGGCACACAGUAUUUCCGUGGCAGGGAGCAGCAUAGGAUUGCCGGCUCAAGCCAGGGCCAAGGCCAAAAGGCACUCCUUCUCCAGCCUGACCAAGCCCAAACAGCUGCCAAUGUCCAAAAGCUGCUUGAAAGAAGGGGAAGCCACUGGGAAAAAGCUCUGCAUCCUCACCGCUAUCAAACCUUCCAAUGUGGAGAGGGAGAAGAUGAAAUUCUUCAAGUCUGAAUUUACCUACAAUCCACAGUUUGAAUAUGCAAGUUCAGCACUGUCCAGUGUGUUAGCAAAGCACAGCCAUGCGUCCAACACCUUUCUUAAGCAGGCCAUCAAAAUUAUGGAACUGACCUUGCAAAAAUAUGGAAGCUAUGAAAAUUUUGAGCAGGCCACUGGAGGAAGCCUGCUGCCUAGAAGUCGCAUCUGGAAUCAUGUCAGGAAAUACAUGACGAAAGAAGGCUGCUUAGGCGAGAUUGUAGUUCAUCUCUCUGAAGAUUUGCUUUCUCGAGCCUCAAUGACAAUAGUGAACGGCCGUCCAACUCUUACUAUCAAUAUUUCCACUGCCCGUGAACACUGGCUGGAAGGGAUGCUGCGGCAUGAAAUAGGGACUCAUUAUCUUAGAGGCAUUAACAACAACAGCCAACUUUGGAGCAGCUGGAGUGGGCGCAGAAAGCAUGGUUUAAAACCCAUUAACCCUACUGAGGAAGGCCUGGCAAGUAUUCACAGUGUUCUGUUCCGAAAGGAUCCCUUCCUGUGGAGGGCUGCCCUGUUGUAUUACACUGUCUACCAAGCCAGUCAACUGUCCUUCACUCAGCUCUUUCAGGACAUUGGGAGAUUUGUCACAGACCCCAAUACUAGAUGGGAUUAUUGUGUUCGAGCCAAGAGGGGCUGGACGGAUACUUCCCAACCAGGCUGUUUCAGUAAAGAUCAGGUCUACCUGGAUGGCAUCCUCCGGAUUCUGAGAUACCGACAUUCCAUUGACUUCUAUUUACUGACAGCUCUAGGAAAGGUCUCCUAUGAGGAUGUGGAUCGCCUGAAAGAUUUGGGGAUGACAGAGAACAUGAGAGUGCCACACUUUUUGCAAGACUACACCCGGUACAUUGAACACCUGGAGAAGAUCAUGGAAGUCAAUGAGCUGUCUGACACUGAGCUCCAGGCUCUUGUACCCUAGGCCAGCGACACUUGUCUGCUUCUUUUCCAUCAGACUGGACCACAGGAAAGCCCCAUCUCACAGAAGUGGAUAAGCUAACCCCCGCCCCCCUUUUUGGAUGCCUGGCAGACAUCUAUAUAUUCUUCAUUUUGUUUUUAAUGGAAGUUAAACCACAGCUACAAAUCCAGAAGUCAUUUACUUUCAAUUAAAAAAAGCUAUUUCCCACCCCUAUAUUAAGGUAUAUGAAAGAUUUUGUAAAUUUUCAAGAUUAAAUUAUAACUGGAAAACAGACAUGUUCUUUAAGAAAGCUUUUGUGUAGAUUUGCCCAUGCUAUUAAUCCGUAUUACAGGCUUUUGAAGCUUCUUCCCCUUCCCCUUCCCCUUCCCCUUCCC